AUGCUAGUGCGCUGUGUCAAAAUUCUCGUAGCGGUAGUGCUUAGCCUAACCUUUACCAUUAGCCUGUCGAAGCUGGUGCUCUGCGUUUGGAACGGGUGGUUUAACGCGGAUGCCGCGGAUUACGAAAUACUCGCAACCUAUCCGGGCGCCGGACGCCCGGGAACAUUCGACGGCACGCCGAGGAACCGUCGCCACUCAAUCGUGGACGAAUGGCUCGACCAGAACCAGCUGGGCAAGUACAAGCAACUCUUCCGUGACCGAGGUAUCUCUACGCUGUCCAGCUGUAGGGAUCCAGAGCGCCUACCGGAGCUGCCACCGGGCGAUGAACAGCGUCUUCAGCGAGCUGCCUUGAAUCUACAACAGAAACUUAUUCUUCGCGAGUGGCUUAAGGAGCACCGACUGCAGCAUCACUACUCGAGGUUGGUGGCCAUCGAGGUGACGACACUCGAGGAUGUGUACUGGCUGGAGGAUUCGCGGGCGAGCCAGAUCCUGGGCAAGGACUGGCCGGUGUGGUCCGGCGCGCGCCAGAAGCUGCCCACUUCCAAGCCGAACCUGGAGGCCUUAAAAGCGGACCUGUGGUCGACGGUGGUCAAGUCGAGCCAGCACCAGGAUGCGUGGACCUGGGGCGGCAUGCUGGUGGUGUCGGUGUCCGUGGCCGGGCUGGUCACGCUGGCCGCCAUGACGCAGCCGUCGCUGGCGCCCGAAGCGCGCCACUCGCUGCUGCAGUACGUCACCGGGAAGUAUCUGCUGCCGGCCAACUGCAAGGUGCACUGGGACUGGCAGGACCCGGCCCGGGUCGGCGGCACCAUGUGCUUCACGGUGCGGUUCCACCAGCGCAACGGCCAGGCCUACCCCAUCUGUGAUACGGAUCAGUUCUUCGUCGAGGUCACCGAGGGUACCCGGAAGAUCGUCACGAUCAGCGAGCUCGGUUCGCCGACCGAUCCGAACAACGCGAACAUCGCCAAGGUCAAGUUCACGGUGCGCACCGCCGGCCAGUACAAGAUCUCGGUGCUGAUCGGGUCCAGCCACAUCGCGGGCAGCCCCUUCGUGAAGACUUUCGUGCCGGGGCCGAUGGAUGCACGUCGAUCGCGCCUUAUCCGGCCCGCCAGCACGGUCGUUUGCUGUGCCGGAGCGCCGACCUUCCUGCACAUCGAACCCCGUGACGAGCACGGUAAUUCGUGCCAGUUCGACGCGGACUCCGAGCCGAUCCGAGGCUACAGUAUCGACAUCUUCGAUCUGUUCGGUCACCAGAGUGACAAGUUUGCCAGUGCGGUAACGUUCGCGUACGACAAGGUUAACGCGCGCAUCAGCCUGUCGGCCCUGUUCCCCGAGCCGGUGUGUCUGCGGGCGGUCGUGACGUACGAGCGGAUCCCGAUCCCGAACGGGGACUUUGACAUAAUCGUCCUGAGCAGCAGCGACAACACGCUUGUGCACCAGAAAAUUGCCUCGCGCAAGCACAACAUCUGCUACGAGGCCAAACUGUUCAGCAUCUACGGCCAGCAGCGGUGGACCAAGCCGCGGAAGGUGCUCUGCUACGUCGGCCCGAAGCAGGUCACCAUCAAGGAGAUGAUACUCAAGAUCAUUCCGAAACGCAUCGCCACCUUUCGCCUAUGCCCUUCGACCAAAUUCCACUUUCUACCACCAUCCACCAUCCAGAUGAACAACAGCCACGGGGCGAUCUUCAUCAUCGACGACGGGUGCCAGCCGAAGAUCGAACUGGCUUCGAAGGAACGCAACGUGAUCGCGGCCACGUUCACGCACUUCCUGCUGAAGAACAUCGGCGGCUCGGAGACGUUCAAGGACAAGCAAGAUUUCUUCUACCACGAAGUCCGCAAGUUCCAUUCCAACUACUACCACGAGAAGCUGUCGCUGAAGGUGCAGCGGGACAAGAUCCUCGAGUCGAGCAUGAAGGCCACGAAGAACUUUUCCGUCUCCGACUGGUGUGGCAACUUUGAGGUCACGUUUCAGGGCGAGCAAGGCAUCGAUUGGGGUGGGCUGCGGCGCGAGUGGUUCGAGUUGGUGUGCAGUGCCCUGUUCGACCCCCGUGGUGGUCUUUUCUGUACAUUCCACGACAAGCGCCAGGCCCUGGUGCACCCGAACCCGAACCGGCCGGCCCAUCUGAAGCUGAAGCACUUUGAGUUCGCGGGCAAGGUGGUCGGCAAGUGCCUGUACGAGUCGGCCCUCGGCGGCACGUACCGGCAACUGGUGCGGGCGCGCUUUUCACGCUCCUUCCUCGCGCAGCUGAUCGGGCUGCGGGUCCACUACAAGUACUUCGAGCAGGACGAUCCCGAUCUGUACCUGUCGAAGAUCAAGUACAUCCUCGAGACGGACCUCGACACCAGCGACAACUUGGAACUGUACUUCGUGGAGGAAAUGUACGACCAGAGUGGCCAACUGCAGAAAACGAUCGAGCUGAUACCGAACGGGUGCCGGGUGCGGGUCACGAAUGCGACCAAAAACCAGUACCUCGACGCGCUCGCCCAGCAACGUUUGUGCAACAAUGUGCGCGAGGAAAUCGACAGCUUCCUCAAGGGCCUGAAUGGCAUCAUUCCCGAUAAUCUGCUGAGUAUAUUCGAUGAAAAUGAACUGGAGUUACUGCUAUGCGGAACGGGCGAGUAUUCGAUUGCCGACUUCCGGGCGAAUCACAUCGUCAACGGAGGUUCGGCCGAGUUUCGCCGGGUGCUCGGCUGGUUCUGGGCAGCCGUAGGUAACUUUUCGCAAACGGAAAUGGCUCGGCUGCUUCAGUUCACUACCGGUUGCUCGCAGUUGCCUCCGGGUGGAUUCCAGGAAUUGAACCCAAGAUUUCAAAUCACCGCAGCCCCUACGUUUGGAAACCUGCCUACGGCACACACCUGCUUCAAUCAGCUGUGCCUGCCGGACUACGAAAGCUACGAGCACUUCGAAAAGGCGCUCAUGUUUGCCAUCAGCGAAGGCACCGAAGGUUUUGGCAUGGUUUGAGCCGCCCGCCCGUCUGAUUUGGUCACCGAUCCCUUUUCACCGAUUCCAGCAUUGGAAAUGG